AUGUGGCAGAAAGUUCUAUGGUCAGAUGAGACCAAAAUAGAACUUUUUGGGUUAAAUGACAAAUGGUAUGUAUGGCAGAAACCCAACACUGCUCAUGACCUGGUUCAUUUCAUCUUCCGUCACAAAAAUCCUAAUAAUGGCACUGUUGAAGAAAAACAUUGGAAGAAAUCUUCUUCAGUCUCCAAUCUUGAUGUUAUAUUCAAAGACAAAAAACCUCAUCUUUUUACAUUAAAGAUAACACCUGAUAACCAAUUUGAAGUUCUUGUUGACAAGAAGUCUAUUCAAAAAGGCAGUUUACUAGAAGACAUGGAUCCUCCUGUCAAUCCACUAGCUGAAAUUGAUGACCCCAGUGAUACAAAACCUGAGGACUGGGAUGAACGAGAAAAGAUUCCUGAUCCUAAUGCUGAGAAACCUGAUGAUUGGGAUGAAGAUGUCCUAAGAUUGAUUCCUGAUCCCAAUGCUAGAAAGCCUAAAGGAUGGUUAGAUGAAGAGCCAGAAUUUAUUCCAGAUCCCAAUGCUAGGAAGCCUGCUGAUUGGGAUAAUGAUAUGGAUGGAGAGUGGGAAGCACCCUUUAUUAGUUUUCUAAGGCAACCACAAAAACCAGCAUUAGCUGAUGCGAUUUGGGUUUUAGGAGACUGUGGAAGACAAGAGUUUAUUACCGAGAAUGUUCAACAUGUGUUAGAUGGAGGAUUUCAACAUGUGUUAGAUGGAGGAUCAUUAUUACAGCGCAUGCCAUGGCAACAAGGCACAGAUUUUGCAGAUAUGUGUAAUGUGUACGUAGAUUAUAAAUCUAAAAAGUAUGUGGAUCCAGUAAUUGUGUUUGAUAGCUACCAGUAA